ACCACUCUCAUCUUCAAUCCCCUCCUCUGAAAUCAUGGCAAUUAAGUCAGGCAACAACUGGCUUGGAACUCGCCGCGAUAGGGGUUCUCCGAUUGAAGUCAAGAUCAACGACCAUUUUCAUUCCAAGGUCUAUUAUGCUUGCGGCUCACCCAUUUCGGGAUUUGUGGUCAUAUCAACAAAACGAGAUGUGGCGUUCGAUGUUUUCGAGAUCAUCUUCACCGGAAAGGCGUCGACGCGAGUUGAUACACUUCGCCCAUGCCAGUCAUCCGCAUCCCGCACGUUUCUAAAAAUGAGCAUGCCAAUUCCCCGCAAUGACCUUCCUGAAUCUCAAGUAUUCGAAGCUGGGCGGACCUAUACCAUCCCGUUUAAUUUCGUUGUUCCAUCCCAGCUCGCCCCUAGCGCCUGUUGUCACGAUUGCAGCGCAAUGAUGCAAAAGCAACAUUUACGGCUGCCACCUACAAUGGGAUCUUGGGACGGUGGAGAUCAGGCCCCAGAGACGGUGCAUGUCAAAUACUCGAUCAAGGCUGUUGUCUCGAAGGACAAAGAAAAUUCUGGACAAGUCAAACUGCUCGAAGAUGAACACCAUCUUUGCAUAUUGCCGAUCUCUUCCGAAGAACCCCCUCUCCAUAUCACCCCGGAGGACAAGAAAUACUGCUUGAUCCAGGGGAAAAUGAUGAGACAAAAUUUGUUUUCCCCAAGGACAGGCUAUCUGAGGGCAGCAGCGAUUCAACCUAAUCCAAUCGAAUUUUCCGUCGAUGCCCUUGGUGCGCGAGGGUCCUCGAUUAGAAUCGAUCUCGAAUUUGUCCCGAUAGCAGGAGUGCCACCUCCAGAUAUUCACGCUGUGGCAGCCAAAAUUCAUUCAACGACUCAUUUCUCCAUUACCACCAUCAACUACCUCCCCAACGUCGGAAAACCGGCUGAGAAUGCACUCUGUCCGGUAGUAACUUACUCCACGGCGAAUAAAAUCAACACCGACCCACCAAGAGUUGUCUGGGAUCGACAGUACUCGACUUCCUUACGGGGAUAUACAAGAAAGCCCCACCUUGACCAGCAGGAGCGUGCUUUGGAGUCUAGUAUUGCUGAAGUUUGUUCAGGCGUAGGGAGCGAUGACACCGGCGGAAAUAGUCCCAUCAAGCACGUCGCCACAUUGGAUAUCCCCUUCACACUUCCCACUGCAAACAAGCAGAUUUUCCUUCCCACAUUCCAUUCAUGUUUAAUUUCUCGGACUUACAGUAUAAAUCUGACCCUGGCAGUGGGGACUUUCGGCACAGCUCUUUCACUAUCGAUUCCUCUACAAGUUGUUGUCAAGGAUCCAUCGUUGACUCAUACUAUACCGGCAUAUACAAAAACAAAGCAAGAUAUCUUUCAGGAGCAUGACGAGCCUCCCCCAUACAACAGUGUGGAUCUAUGAACGGGGUUGGUUUGACCGAGGAUAGACGAUUGGAACGGCAGAACUAGAAUCGGGUGAGACAUGAGUUUCGAAUUGCACCACUCAUACCACAAGUUGUGCCAUGUGAUGAUAGGGUAGAAGGAUUGAUCAAGGGGUAACCAUUAAAGAUAGAGAUGGACGGACAUAUUUUCUCUAGAAACAAGGCUAAAGCUAAUGAUGAUUACAAUUAAGCUUUG